ACUGUGCUUCUGAUUUACUUUUGUUGAAGACCUCAGACUAAUUUAAGAGACUGUAACGGCUCUCACACACAUUUUGUACUGAUCUUAUUAAAAAUUAUUGGCAGAAGUUAAUUUUUGUUUUGGUGAAAUUUGUGUUGGUGUCCUGUCUGUAAAGCUGCUGACGACAACAUGCAGGACAGGAUGGCCUACACAUGGAGAGCUCUGCUGCUGCUGGCGCUGGCCUUUCUGGGCAGCAGCAUGGCAGAGCGGGACUGCCGUGUGAGCAGCUUCAAAGUCAAGGAGAACUUCGACAAGAACAGGUACAGUGGCACCUGGUACGCCAUGGCAAAAAAAGAUCCUGAGGGGCUGUUUCUACAGGACAAUGUGGUUGCCCAGUUCACUGUAGAUGAGAAUGGACAGAUGAGUGCCACUGCAAAGGGCAGAGUCAGACUCUUCAAUAACUGGGAUGUCUGUGCUGAUAUGAUUGGCUCUUUCACUGACACAGAGGAUCCUGCCAAGUUCAAGAUGAAGUACUGGGGUGUUGCCUCUUUUCUGCAGAAAGGAAAUGAUGAUCACUGGGUAGUGGACACAGAUUACGAUACAUAUGCUCUUCAUUAUUCCUGCCGUGAGCUAAAUGAAGAUGGCACUUGUGCUGAUAGCUAUUCCUUUGUAUUCUCCCGGGACCCCAAGGGAUUGCCUCCAGAGGCACAGAAAAUUGUUAGACAAAGGCAGAUAGACCUCUGCUUGGACAGAAAAUACAGAGUUAUCGUUCAUAAUGGAUUUUGCUCUUAAGGAGAUCCAUAAGUAUGGAAGGAAACCGUGUAACAGUACCAUGGAUGUAAAGUUAAUACAUUGAUCAGGUGCUCUUUUAAAAAGAUUUUAGAUGGCAUCAUUUAGAUUUCAAAUAUAUUUAUCUGAACUGCAUAGCUCAUUUUAUUAAUAAACCAAUGAAACAUUUUAAUAAACUUGGAUUACAGGGGAUUCAAAUUGUCUGUAUGCAUAUCUGUACAUAUGUAGGCAUUGGUUUUAAUAAUAAAUUGUUAUUGUAAUGCACUAUUUUAAAUUGCUGACAGAUGACAACAAUUAAGAACGUAUUCUUUUUUUUUUUGUUACUGGUUUAAAUUUCUGACUAAUAGUGUUUUAAUUAAAAAUCAAAAUAUUUGUA